AUUCGUUGUAAAACAAAAUAUCAACUAAAUGGAAAAGUAAAGUUUACAAUAGCGUGGAAAGAAAAUAGAUCAGAAUGGAGUAUAUAUAGUGAUCGCUCUGUAACUAGUGUUAUUAAUGCAUUUUUAAAGAAAAAUAAUCGUCCAAAUUCUAAUUUGUCGGGUGUAUAUAUUUUUGGAUUUGAUAUUGGAAGAUUGCAUGAAUAUCGCUUGAAAAUAAUAGAUGCUCCUAUUAUAUUAACUAACAAAAGAAAAAGACCUUUAGCAAUGAUUCAAACUAUCUCAGGGCAAAAUAAAAGAUUUGCUUUUUUAGGUAGAGAAUCUGGAAAGGCA